CGGAAGUUAUUGCUCGCGAGAAAGAGAUGAGCAUCUACGCAUUUAUGUAACAACCUCUCACCAUUUUCGUUGGAUGUGCCUACGUCGUGUUGGCCGACUGAUAAAGCUAACGGAUGGACAGUUUUCCAACUUGGGCGUUAAGAUCACCAGUCGUUACUACUCUGCACCUACUUCUGCUGUGACGAAGGAUCUCUUUCCGCUGGUGGUAGAAGUCAUCUUUCACCGAGUCACUUUCUGGAGCGUAGACAGCGAUAACAAACAGGCACCUGUUACCCCUUACCCGAUUUCGAAGCUUCGAACAAGCCAGGCAGUCUGACAGCGCACAUCCGAAUGUUGAUUAGAAGCCAAUCGACCGGUGCGGGUUCUUCGCUUUGCACUCGAAGCGGUUGCCGAAUUAGCUUGACUAGCAUUUGAAAGUGCUUUAUCUCAGGAUAAGCGCAAUGUGAAAGUACCACCAACGUCACAUGAAGAGAAUCGCAAGAUGAACACAGAGCUGAAAGCUUACAGGCGGCUUUUCGAUACACAGCAAUCAUUGAUCGAUAGGAUCUCUAGUGUUAGGAUAAUUGUU